UUUUUUUCUUCUUACGAAUACAAAUCCUCUUGUUCUAUGUGUACAUAAAAAAUAUUAUAUAUAAAAAGAAAAUAACGAUAAAUGAAUUCUCUUCACGAUGUUGAUAACAAGUUUGGCCUUUAUAAAGAAACAUAUAUGGAACCAGCAUCUCGUGAAAGAAAAAGACAAUCUUCUUUUCAAAUGGCUGAACAAGCCAUGUCUGAAGAAAUGGCAAAUGAAAGCUUACUAAUGAAACACGCUUUGAAAUCGCAACUAAAGAGACGAAGAGAAAGUAUCAGCACAACUCGACACCGUCCUGCAUCGAUAGAGCCCAGACAGACCAAAUCCUCCAUCCUACAACGGACAGACACAAAAGAUGAACACUGGGACCCUCAUAUUGACGCAUUUGAUAUCCUUCGAGCCAAACUGAAUGGUAUCACACGGUCUAUGCAGGAACUACAUGUCCAAGAGUUAUUCUACGAUGAACUAUCAAUCAAACGUAAAAAGGAAAGGAUGGCGCCCCAUCUUCGAAGACUCAGCCUAGUAGACAGCCAUGAGGGCCAGACGAGUGCAGGUCACAGACGUAUACGUUCUCACGGCUAUCUGGAGGUAUCAGCCAGUGACAGAGAAGAGCAAGAGAUUAGCUGGGAUAAUUUUAAUGCUUCUUUUGACGCGAAUGACACUACAGACGAAGAAGAAGAGACACGGACGGUAGCAAGUCCUAAUCUGACGGCCUUAUUUGUGACAACGAAUAAUUUGAUUCACUCCAGAUUAGAUGAACUUUCUGAAACAGCUUCCGUACAGAGUGAACACGAGGAUACAUCAGCCCUCGAAUGGAGGAAACAAUUCUUAAAUUUGGUUACACUGUGUAUACACCAAUCUGAGGAACUAGAAAAGCUCUCCGUCGAGGUGCUUCACGCCGAACAACGAGUCAGGGAACUCAUGUUUCUAAAUCAGUCCAUACACGAACAAUUUUAUGAACGAGAGAAACAGUACGAGGAACGAAUACGAGAGUGUCAGGAGGUUGCCAAACAACAGUUACUCAUGAUCGACUCGUUAGAGGAACUGACAGCUGAUAUCGACAUGAAGAUAGAAUCAACUCAGAGACGACGGGGGAUGAAUCGAGAGGAUGCUCUAAGAAAGCUAGAGGGUAUACAUGAUGAUGACGCAUUAGAUGCAGAAGGAUACCAUAUAGAAGAAGAAGAUGAUGAAGAGGUGCAUCGUUGGGACUUUAGUAAAUCGAUUGCCGAUAUACUUCAGCUAGAAGAAAAGCAAGAUAUUGUACAAAAGAUGAGGUGGGAUAUAGGCAUGUUUGUAGGGGGAGGUGUUGGUACCGGUCACGUCAUACACACAUUCGAAGAUCACCUAAACGGAAUCGAUCUAAUGAUCGCGGGCAGUGGGACAACAAGUGAACCCGUGUAUGAAAUAAGCCAAGAUGAGCAGGUAAAAACUUAAAGACUGUACGUCGUGAGUGACGUUUUGACAGCUUCCUUUUUUAGUCAAAUGUUAUUUCGCCCAACAUCCGACACAUUAGAUUUCAUCAGCAUCAGUAUGUGCUACAUAUCACGGAUAAGGAUAAACAAACUCGAUUCACGCUUCUCCCUAAGUCCUUAUGGGUCCCUGAUCAGGAGGCAAGCACCUGCCAAUUUCAGUCUUGUUCAGCCCGCUUUUCACUGUUUGUUAGACGUCAUCACUGUAGACGAUGUGGACAAGUGAUCUGUCAGAGACAUAGCUCGAACCGACU